CGCUCCAAGCUCCGAGAACUCCACCCGCACUCCCAGCUCACUCACUGCACGGUGCACCUUCCUCGCUCUAGCCAGCCGCCAGCCGCCAGCCAAGCGAGCUAGCCCGGUGGGCCGUGCGGUGCGGUGCGCGCUGCCACGCACGCCAUGUCGAGCAAGCCGUCGUCCAGGAGGGGCAGCUUCGCGCUGCGGCAGCCGCCGGUGGUGGACGUCGGCUGCAACUGCCGCCGCCCGAAGCUCUUCUCCAGCCUCUUCUCGUCCUCCCUGCCGUUCCGCGGCGGCCGGGGCGGCAAGCCCAAGUCGCCCAACGCCUCCUCCACGUCCACCACCACGGCGUUCACGGCCACCACCCUCGGCGGCCGCAGCGGCACCACGGCCACCUCCGCCGACUCCGCCUCCUGGGGCCCCGCGUCCUUCACCAACAACUCGCUGUACGAGGACCCGGCAGCCGCCGCGCGCCGCCGCGGCCAGGAGCCGGAGCAGGACACGCGGCGCCGUCGGAGGCAGCGGCGGCGUCGCAGGCGCGCCGCGUGGGACGGCGCUGGGCACGGGGAGCAGGAGGCGGAGGCUCACGGGCGCGUGGCGCGGGAGAGCGUGCCGGUGGCGGUGGAGUCGGCGGAGCCGUACGAGGACUUCCGGGAGUCGAUGGUGCAGAUGGUGGUGGAGAAGGAGAUCUACGCGUGGGACGACCUCAACGACCUGCUCACCCAGUUCCUCACCCUCAACUCGCCGCGCCACCACCCGCUCAUCCUCCACGCCUUCGCCGACCUCUGGACCCGCAACGGCCUCUUCUCCCCUCCCUCGCCGUGCCAGUUCUAGCUACCCUCCUGCUCCUAGCUCAAAGCUAGCCGCCGCCGGUCAGCAUUACACCGCCACGGCGCCAUGCACGCACGCACCCACCCUCGUCACACUCUUACCACCAGUACCACUCCUGUUUAUUCUUUACUGUAACCAUUAGUGUUGUAAUUCCUAGUAGUAGCACCUGAUCGACCGUCAGUCUGUUAACUAGCUAGCCACCCGUAGUACUCCUCCAUGUCCAUCACUCCAUGGCCGGCCGGGGGAGGUUAUUAAUGGAGAUCCCGGCCGGCGAGAUGCGCCUAGUCUUCAUCUCAAGCUAGUAAGCAUGAUGGUGUAAUCCAAACCAAUGUAACCGUUAUUAUUCAUGCAUGUAAUGCAAUGAUGCGUGCGCGUGGCGCCAUGGCGUUGUAAUGAUAUAACUACCACUACUCCUCA